AGGACAAAGAACAACUCUAUUAAAAGAUGGCGUUUAUUAAAGAGGAGAGGGAAGACGUGAGCAUCGAUGAAACGUUUAGAGACAAACAUGAAGAAACUGAAGAACAAACAGACCUGAUGGCACUAAAAGAGGAGUGUGAAGUACUGAAUGAAAUAGACGAGAAAGACCAUGAUUUAAUAACUGGAGAAACAUUUAGCUGUUCAAAGACUCAAAAGACUUUAAGGAAAAGGACUCAAAAGACAGGAAGAAGUCAGCAUUUCACCUGCCAACAGUGUGGAAAGAGUUUCAGUCAAACAGGGGGUUUUAAAAGACACAUGAGAGUUCACACUGGAGAGAAGCCUUAUAUCUGCCAACACUGUGGACAGAGUUUCAGUUUAAAAGGAAACCUUAACAGACACAUGAGAGUUCACUAUGGAGAGAAUGCUUACACCUGCUGUCGGUGUGGAACAAGUUUUGAUCAACAUGAAAACCUUGAAGCCCACAUGAGAACUCAUACAAAGAAACUAUACACAUGCCCUCACUGUGGAAAGAGUUUCCGUCGAAAACUACGCUUUGAAAGCCAUAUGAAAAAACACUCUGGAAAGCAAUCCUACACAUGUCCUCAGUGCGGAAAGAAGUUUAGUCAUAAAGGACGCUUAGAAGACCACAUAAGAAUCCACACAGGAGAGAAGCCUUUUUCUUGCCAACAGUGUGGAAGAAGUUUCAACCAAAAAGGAAAUCUUGACAGACACAUGAGUGUUCACACUGGAGAGAAGCCUUACACCUGCCAACAGUGUGGAAGAGGUUUCAACCGGAAAGAAAACCUUAACUCCCACAUAACCGUUCACACUGGAAAAAAUCUUUUCACCUGUCAACAGUGUGGAAUAAGUUUUACUGAAAAUGAAAUCUUUACCAGACACGUGAGAAUUCACACUGGAGAGCAGCUUCACACGUGUGAUCAGUGUGGAAAGAGUUUUGAUCAACAUGAAAGUCUUGAAGUCCACAUGAGAACUCAUAGAGAGAAACCCUACAUGUGUUCUGAGUGUGGAAAGAGUUUCUGCCAAAAACAACAGUUUGAACACCACAUGAGACUUCACUCUGGAGAGCAACCCUACACAUGUCCUCAGUGCGGAAAGGGGUUUAAUCAUAAACGACACUUGGAAGAUCACAUAAGAACUCACACCGGAGAGAAGCCUUUCACUUGCCAACAGUGUGGAAGACAUUUUAGCCAAAAAGGAAGCCUUAAAAGGCACAUAGAUCGUCACAAUGGAGAGAAGCAAUUUACAUGUGGUCACUGCGGAAAGAGUUUCAAAAAUAAAGCAGCAUGUAAUCACCACAUGAGGUUUCACAUAUGAGAGAGAACUGUGUUGAUAAAUGAACAGUGUGACAUGGGUCUUGUAAUAACACCAGAGUGAAGCCUUUGCUCUGCCAUCAUUGUGGAAAGACUUGCAGAAACAAGACACUCUUGAGGUUCACAGAAGCACCAUUGAUAUAAUUCAAAACAGCCAUGGGUUUAUUUUCACCUGUGUUUAAAAUGUGUUUUGAUUGAUAGGAUCUCAAAUUCAGACUGUUCCUGUAUCCCUGUCUCUUUUGUCCACUUUCGACCACUUCUGUCCCAGUUUUGUCAAGGAAAGAGUAAAUGCAUGGGAUCUUUCACAUGUUGUGGUCAAGUGAAUGAAACAAGUCUGUUAAAUUUUUACAUAUAAAUGUGAGUGAGUUGAAAGAUUACAACUAAACUACAAUAUGUCACUGCCUUAUUUAUGUACUUGAUAAUUAAGUAAGGAAUAAUUGACUCAAAGUGGCUGUUACACCUUGUGUUUAAUUUUUUUAAUAAUUCAACGGUACGGAGUAAUUUUCUUUCUGCAUCUCGUCUAUGUGAAUUAUCUCCAAGUUUAUGCAAAUUAACAUAUGUUGUCAAUUAGCGACUUUUCAAGUUGGCUUUAGGUACUUUCCAUUAAAAGAUGUUGGCAACACUGCUCAA